GGACUGACUUUUCCCCAUAAAAGAAAAGGUCAAUAUUUCUCACCGGAGGAGUUACGUGGAGUACCACCCUCUCUGGCCCCAGAGCCUUGGUGGGAGUAUGGAAUUUUGAAGGACUGAAGAAGUGGGAGAUAUAUUUUGUUAAAUCCACACACACACUUUGUGUGUGUGUGUGUGUGGAUUAGCACCCCUCCCCCCUUUCACCAUCUGGUGUUUCCUUUUUUCACCCCCGUCCAGUUGGUGGCGGUAAUACGUCAAUCGCCGUUAAAACCCAUCUAAGAAGACCCGGAAGUGGGUAAAAAGGGAAGAACAUCGACACGCUCACAUACAAGGCAUGCCACAAGGUUGAUGUUGAAUACACGUCUGAAGUUUUGUCAAGAUGUCUAAACUACAUCAGUUAAGUGUGUUUAUCACCGAGCAGUUAUCAGCAGUGGCGGUUGAGAUAUUUGUUGUGGUGGAAAAGACGAUAGCAGAGGUUCAGGGAGAGAACGACCGUCUACGGGGGCUUCUUCUAGAUCAUUUAGGAGCAGACCCCCAGCAGCUAACUCUACCUGAAGAGGAGGUUCCCCCUAAGCAGCAGGAGUGGAGCCCCAGGCCGGGGCAGGAGGACCCAGAGCCCACACAGAUUACAGAGGAACAGGAGGAACUCAGGACCAGUCAGGAGAAAGAGCAGCUUCAAAGACUUAGGUCUGCUACCACAGAGGUUGUACAGUUGAUAUUUAUUCCUCCCUGUGUGGAAAGUGACUGUGACCAGGACAGCAAGACAGACUCUCUACCCACCAACACAACUGAACAGACCCAAUCAGCAUCGGAUGACGAGGACUACAGAGUAUCAGAACUAACCAGUCACUCUCAACCCCUCUCUGCAGUAAAUCCAAACAGUUCUGCAGCUCUGAGUGAAAUCAUUGUAAGUAUUGAUGAAGACGAGAGUGAAGAACUACCGUCAGGUUCAAAGAGAACACUGGGAAAGAAAGGACAAACCUCUCAAGUCUGCACUGAGGCCAAGACAACCAGUGAGCUGAAAGCACCAUUAAAGUCUCACGCAAGCAGGGGACCAUACAAGUGUCCUGUGUGCAGUAAACUCUUUAAGGCACCAAGCAGUUUAAAAGUACAUCAGAGAAUUCACAAUAGAACACCUCCACUUCACAGGUGUCCUUCCUGUCCUAAAACCUAUCACACUCGAGGGAGUUUAAAACGACACCAGACACUUCACACAGGGGAGCCAAAAUACAAGUGUUCUGUGUGCGCUAAAGGCUUUGCCUACUUAGGCUCUUUAAAAGAUCAUCAGCAAAUUCACACAGGUGAGAAAUCACUUAAGUGCCAAGAAUGUGACAAAUCCUUCAGAUGCAAGUACUACUUCAACAAGCAUAUGAGGACUACUCACCCAGGUGCAAAGACAUACAGCUGUUCUGUGUGCAGUGAAUCUUUCAACACACCAACCUCUCUGAAAAUACAUCAGAGAACUCAUGGUGAGAAUCUAUACAGCUGUCCUGUGUGCAGUAAAAGCUUUAAGAAACCAAGCCUUUUAAAAAAACAUCAGUUAAUUCACACAGAGGAGAAACCACACAAGUGUCUUGUGUGCAAUAAAUGCUUUAAGCUACCAAGCAGUCUAAAGGUACACCAGAGACUUCAUGGUGAGAAACCAUACAAGUGUGCUGUGUGCAGUAAAAGCUUUAACACUUCAACUAAAUACGAAAUACAUCAGAGAAAUCACACAGGUGAGAAACCAUUCCAGUGUCCUGUGUGUAUGAAAAGCUUUACUAGCAAAUGGUCUUUAAAAAUACAUCAGAUAUAUCACACAGGGGAGAAAUCACACGAGUGCAAAAAAUGUGACAAAUGCUUCUACCGCAAGGGACAUCUGGUCAGGCAUAUGAUGACUCACACAGGGGAGAAUCCACACAAGUGCCCUAUAUGUGAAAAAUGCUUUACAACAGCCUCUCCUCUGAAACUCCAUCAGCAAAUUCACACCGGAGAGAAAUCACAUCAGUGUGAAGUUUGUGGCAAAAGCUUCUGUAUGAAUGGAAAACUGACAGAACAUAUGAGGACUCACACAUGGGAGACAUCGUACAAGUGCCCCUAUAUGUGAAGAAGACUUCAUCUCAGUCCCUUCUCUGAAACUCCAUCAGCAAAUUCACACCGGAGAGAAAUCACUAGAGCAAUAGAGCAUAUGCUUUGAAUACUGUUGGGCAAAUAUGCAGUUUUGGGCAAAUUUUCAUAUCACUUUGCUUAAUUUGUCACAAGGAUUUUGUAUGGCUGUUGAAAUGUGCAGAACAUUAAAUCAGCUACAGUGGGGAAAAAAAGU